AUUUCAAAAUAAAUAUUUUUGAUAGAUAAUAUUUACAUGUAAUUUUAUAAAAUUUAAAACUAAAAAUAAUAGUGAAAUACUAUUGAUUCACGAUUCAAGUUUUGGUCGUUUGAAAAGCUAUGUUGUGGUCGAAGUGCACAUCGUCUCUUAUUACAGUAUUACUGUUUCUCUCCCGGAAACUUCAUAACAUCCGUUUUCCAUAGUUUAAAUGAUUUAUGAUUAAUGGUAAAGAUUUGUUUUGAUUUCAAACUAUGCAGGCGAAGAAACGUUUCCUAUUGCUGUGGUUCAUUGCAUUUUUUGUUUUGGUGAUGUGCUUACUGAAAACUAAUCGAAACUCAGAUGAUUUUCUUCAUCUGGCCUACCAGAUAGAUGAUGUGGAGGAUCUACCGUCAUUUAUGGAUGAUUGGCAACAAAAUGUGGAAGUUGGUCGUCCUCCAGCAUUUAAAAUCUACGAGACUAGACAUCAGAUGCUAUUUCACUCAUCGUAUCGGAAAACCAAUAAAAAUUGCAGAAUGGAAACAUGUUUUGACUCUUCUCACUGUGACAAAGAUUUCAAAGUAUUUGUAUAUCCAUUAUCUGAAUUGGAAAAUAAUGGGUUGAUAAAUUCAAUCCGUAGUGUUUUGUAUCAAAAAAUGUUGGAUAUUAUUGUAGAGUCCCGUUAUUACACGGAUGAAUACACUAAAGCUUGUGUAUUUGUGGUUGCUAUAGAUACAUUAGAUCGGGAUCCCUUAUCACCAGACUAUGUACGUAAUAUUCCUAUGAAAAUUCAAAGACUUAGACAUUGGAAUGGAGGCCGUAACCAUAUAAUUUUUAAUCUUUAUUCUGGUUCUUGGCCUGAUUAUAAUGAAGAUGAUCUUGGAUUUUAUACUGGUGACGCUAUACUAGCUAAAGCUAGUAUGUCUGUUACAAAUAUGAGACCUGGUUUUGAUAUUUCAUUUCCAUUAUUUCAUAAAAAACAUCCAGAAAGAGGUGGAGAACCUGGAUAUGUUCGUUCAAACACAUACCCUAUUACUAAAAAGUAUAAACUGGCUUUCAAAGGAAAACGGUAUGUACUUGGCAUUGGGUCAGAGACUCGGAAUUCUAUUUUUCACUUACAUAACGGAAAUGAUACAAUUGUAGUAACAACAUGUAAACAUGGAAAAAAUUGGAAAGAUGCUCAAGAUGAGAGAUGUGAUGUUGAUAAUUCAUUAUAUGAAAAAUAUGAUUAUGCAUCACUUCUUAAGAAUUCAACAUUUUGUCUAGUUCCUAGAGGACGUCGUUUAGGAUCAUACAGAUUCUUAGAAGCCUUACAAGCUGGUUGUAUACCUGUGUUACUGUCUAAUAAUUGGGCUUUACCUUUUGACGAAGUAAUAGACUGGAAUAAAGCUGUGAUAUGGGCCGAUGAGAGGCUGUUGUUUCAGGUGCCUGAAGUGAUUCAUUCUAUAUCAGACACUAAACUAUUUGCUUUGAGACAACAGUCACAAAUUCUGUGGGAACAAUAUUUCAAUACAAUUGAAAAGAUUGUUUUUACCACUUUUGAGAUAAUUAAAGAGCGUCUACCUAAAUUGCAAUCUCGUGAUGGUGUUGUUUGGAACACAUCUCCAGGAGCUCUAGUCUCACAACAUUCAUACACAGAAUAUUUUAAUUUCAAUAUGCCAUUUAAUUAUCAUCUUCUUGGUAAAAAACCUAGUUCCAAUUUUACUGUAGUAAUAUUCUCUCAACAUAAUAGUAUUAAUACAGCACUAUAUCGAUUAAUUCGAAAUAUAGUUGCUAGCAAAUACCUAACUCAAAUUAUUAUUAAUUUGUGUGCUGAUAAUGGUGGUAAAAGUGGUUAUCAAAAAAUUGCUGGUAUACAAAUACUAAUAUCGUCUGGAAAUGGCUGUAGCAGAUUUGAGCCAUUACCAUUUAUUAAGACUGAAGCCGUAUUGUCAUUAGAUGAUGAUGUAGUUUUAACUACUGAUGAAAUUGAUUUUGCAUUCCAUAUAUGGCAGUCAUUUCCUGAUCGAAUUGUUGGCUUUCCAGCCAGAUCACACUAUUGGGACAAUAGCAAGGACUCUUGGUUAUAUACAUCAAAAUGGACAAAUGAAUAUUCAAUAAUACUCACAGGAGCUGCAUUCUAUCAUCAGUACUAUAAUACAUUGUACACUCGAUGGUUGAGUCCUUUAUUAAUUAAAACUGUUGAACAAUCACAUAACUGUGAAGAUAUACUCAUGAAUUUUUUAGUUAGCCAUGUUACUCGUCGUCCACCAAUCAAAGUAUCACAAAGAAAACACUAUAAAGAGCAAGUUAGCAAUGGCAUGCCAAAAUCGCCUUGGAAUGAUCCUGACCAUUUUAUGCAAAGACAAACUUGUUUAAAUACAUUUGUUGCACUUUUUGGUUACAUGCCACUCCUUCAAUCAAGUGUAAGGUUUGAUCCAAUCUUAUUUAAGGAUCCAGUUUCAAACUUUCGAAAAAAAUACAAACAAAUUGAAUUGGUGACCAAUUAAAUUAAUUUUAAAUUGAA